AUGCCUCCUGCUCCCACAAUCACCUCCGUCAAGCAGACGUUUGUCGCUGCCCAGACCAACGUCUUGUCCCAGCCGAUUGUGCCGUCUCGAGCCUGGCGCGCCUCCAACGACGCGUCCGAACAUGCGAUCCCGAACCGCCUCGUCGAAGAUGCCGUCGCAAGCGUAAAUCGCACGAUCCUGCAGCACAGUCGCCGUGUCUAUGCGCCACAGGCAAACCGAAACGUAGCUGAGCAGAUCAGCACCGUGUACUCGAGAGAUGCUGAGCGCAGGAUGGAGAAUCCGGACGAUGCUGAGGGCGGGAUUGGACGAGAGCUUGAUCUGGUUGACGAGAACGCUAUCGAAACACUGCCUGCGACUUGGCCCUCAGACAAAGAUGUCGAAGCCUAUCCAAUGGAGGCCAAUCGCUACGCCGAGACAGUUCGUCAACUCACCGACCUCAGCCAGCAGCGCAAAGAGCUGAGGCAGCGCGUUGAGCGUCUUCGCAGCCUACAAAAGACGGUCGAAUCGUUUCGGACCACGGAUGGCGUCGGCAUCCAAGAGAAUCUGGUGACUCGCGAUGGUCCAGUAGAGAAGGAGCUUGAGAAGAUGCGCUUCCUCCUUGCGCGCGUUGCUGGCCGUGUGAGCAAUUUGUCCGAUAGCGAUACGACUCAGGAUUCGGGCCAAGUAGAGCUCAAAGCCUUGACUGAGGCAAGAAAAAGGCAUAUUGAAGAGUUUUUGGCAGAUGGUCGUGUUUUCCCAUCCUGA